CUGACCUCGCAGCGUCAUAGUAACAACACAAAACGCACUCGCAAACGGAUAUUCAUGAAAAUCUCGCUCAGUUGUUUUGAUCCGUUUGCAGCAAGACCGCGCCACAAUUAGUGACCAUUAGUGGCAACCUUAUCUUAUCAAUUUGAAGGAGUAUGGCUACCGAGACCUUGAAUCCACUUGGUAUUCAGCGGGAAACCAUGUACGAAAACCCACUGCUAAUGAAGAAUGAACUUGGCCAGCCUAAGAAGAGAGGUAUAACAUUACCUGGCAGUCACUUCACGUAUGGCAGACCCAACAUAACUAAAGAUGGUGGUGCUGCAGAAGCUGUAUCAGGCUGGACGGGAAUAACUUCAUAUCCAAUAUUACGUAAGGAACAGAAACGAGACCGGGAUUUCGUUGCUUUAAACAAAGCAGCUGUGACUGCUGGAUUAGUCUCAGCUCCAGAACAAUAUCAGUACCGGGCUACACAUGAUGUGAGACGCAGGGUAACAGAGGAAGAACAGAGUAAAGUACGAACCAGAAGGAUUCCAGCAUCAAUGACGUAUGGUGUCUCAACUAGGCCGUCAACACCAGUUUUUGAUUUACUUGAACACAAAUACCAGGAUCGUUGGUUGCAAGAGAGGCGUAGAAAUGAGCUUGCCAAGCGAGAAAAAAUGCAACAAAAGACUCUCACAAACAAAGGUAUCUAUGAAACCAGAGCGUCACUGUUACGAAAAUAUGCACCACCGAUCGACUCUGCUCCACUAUGGCAAUUACCUAGAUUCCGCUCAGCGUCCUCAGCUCAUCUGGAAACAUUCCGUUCUGCACAGGCGAAAAGCACCUGUUUUAAUCACCAUGCCACAGAUUCAACUUCCCGGCGAGGAGUUUUUGGUCAUGGAAUUUAUGAGCCAGCAAGAUCAUAAGGAAAUCGCAAAGGAAACGCAAUGAACUUUUACAGAAAAUUCAAUUUCCCGUCCACUAAAGUUUACAGUAUUUUUGCGUAUGCCGUGUUUUGAGAAAUAUUCAGUAUUGGUUGUACAUAUCAAUUUAUGCAAAUUAAAAAUUAAUUUAUGUAGGCUGGAUGUUUGUAUUAUCGAUGUGUGUUUUUUUCUGUACCAUAUUGUAGCAGUAACACAUGGCUACAGCAUGUACACUGGAAAAACAAAAUCAAGUGUUUAUUUUAAUUUUGAGAUUAACAUGUUAGUAGAGAUUUCCAAUUAUGUCGUUAAAAGCAAUUUAUUUGUGUUUGGAGACUGGCGUAUAAAGUAGAAGGUAGUGUGCGUGUGAAUAGUAAUUUUUAAAAUAAAAAAGUGUCUCAUAUGAAGACUGUUGAGAAGAUGAAAGUGUGUGCUUUAUAAAUGACAAUGACUCCAACAGAAUUUACUUUCAUUCUGUCUUGCCACUCACAGUACGGUAUAUGCUUUAUUAAUGAGGCAGGUUGAGUGUUUGUUUCUGUUGGUUGUAGGAGUUGUGUGUGAAGGGUAAGAUUAUCACUCAAGUACAGUAGCUGCAAUCGAGACAGAGACACUGUUAUUUGAUACAUUGGCAACUCAGUCACUUUGAUGUAAAAUAUGCAUGUAGAUUUAUGUUUGCCUUUUUAAAAAGAAAUGCUUUUAUUAUAGUGUGUCAUUAUGUUUGUCUCUUUCCUCGUAUAAAGUCUGGUAUAACA